AUGAAUCCAAAUCUUGAGCCGAAAGUCAGGAGCCUCGUGAAUACUCACUUCAUGGAAGCAGAAGCCGACGUGAAUGGUUUUUGGAACGCCGUUCUGAAUAUUUACUUUCCAACCAACACCCUGGAUUUUAUCACCGCGCCGGAAGCAAACCCCAAAGUCGGGAGUGGAUCCCGCACUGAUUUGCUCGUUCGUAAAUACACCUAUGGCGCAAAUAACACCGUGACCCGGCGCCCUGUCCUGCUUUACGAAGGCAAGGCACACAACGGAGAAAACAUGGAUGCAAUCCGAGCACAAGUGUCUGAUUACCUGAAAAACUUGGGGGACUUGAAAAGCCAGGAGAAGUGUUGGGUCAUCGGAGCCAGGGGUCGGGAGGUUAGUUUCUGGUGCUUUACAAAAGGUGUGGGAGGAAAAGACCCGUUGGAACAGUGGGGGGUGAACGUGAAGGAUCAUAAGGUGGGGCCGAUGGCGACGAAAGUCUCUUACGACGUUUUGAACAACUUCAGCUCUCAGUCUCGUAUCUCGUGGUUGCCGAUUGUUCAAUAUUUUCACGACCAUCCCCUGGGGCCGUAG